AUGGACUGCUUGUUUGUGAGUGGACAAUUGACGGUAAAAAUGUUUGUUAAGACUUCACCUUCUGGAUCAUCAGUAAGAAUUCACUGCUUACAAGAUCUAGAGUAAUUUAGGUACAGGGGAAAUCGAAAGAAACUGAUCUAGUAUGCAAGAGUUUGCUUCCAAUGCAACGUUGCUUUCUGUUUCUGUUAUAAGUACUUUGUGUCCCCGAUCUUGCUUCCUGUUUGUUUACUUAUAUGUCUUUAUAGUUAUUCUCCUAAUCAUCGACCAGUUAAUUAACAGAUUCUCUUUUGUUUUGUUUUGUUUUUCUUACCCAUGCCCCUGAUCUUAUAGUAAAGGUACAAGAUAAACACUGUAUCAUGUCACUCAAAGUUCGGGGUUUGAGAAAUCGCGUUGCUAAACGUUGACUUUAAAAUUGCAUCAAAAGUCAUAGCUAUGAUAUAGCAAUAAUAAUAUACCAUGGUGGGUGCCCUGUGCUAAAUUAUCAAUUCCUUGUUUUUUGCAAUUAUUUUGAUGAAAAUCACAUGAAAGACAUGUAAAUGAAAAAAAGAAAUUGUAUUUUUAUUAAAACCAAUGACAAAAACAAGUCAUCUAAAUGAUAUAGCGGGAAAAUCCAAGGAAGAUGUAUUCAGACGCGUACUCAGUCCUAAAUGGCCUUUAAAGAUGGCGGCUUGAAGAGGUAUUUACACGGACUGUAAGUAAAUUUUAAUCAAGAGGUUUGAGUAAAGUUUUAAGCUCUUUUUAGUGAUAAAUUUGUUAUCGAAAGCAACGAGAAAGGAGAAGAAAGGAGAAGCAAGUAUGUUGAAGCAGACCAGAAAGAGAAAGACAGGACGUUGUAGAUUGUGGCACAAAACGAGCUCCAAGGGCUGACACUAGUGAGACCUCAGAGUUUGUGAUAUGUAAAGAAGAUGAUGGGAGCCACCUAUACAGUUUCUCUACAUUGAAAACCGACAGAAACCUAAGACGUAGCGAUUUACAAGACUAUAGUAUGAAUAUCUGGUGGAGGUGUGAUUGCUAUAGUGGCGAGAUAGUAUCAUAUGCGCUGUUUAACGGACUUGUGGAAUAGGCAUACAUGUCAGAGGAAUACACGAAAAAAAAGUGAAGCAGCUUCAGAGGCCGAGGAAGACGAAGAAUUAAAUGAAUCAAGAGCGUUUGUUGAACUCACUGAAUACGUAGCUAAUGCAGUGGAGAAUGAUCACAUGUCUAUAUACUUGCCGAACUUUCGUUACAUAUCACACACUUUGCAGUCUCACUAGCGUCAGCCUUCCAAGCUCCUUUGGUGCCACAAUCUGCAACUUGCUGUUUCUGGGGGUCUGCUUCAACCUGCUUGUUUCUCUUUUCUUUUGCUUUUUUCUAACUUGGCAUUAAAGACGUAAGGUGACAGGAUUGAUGCCACUUUGCAUUUGUUUACUACUGUCGUACGUGAUUUCCAUAUCAAACUUAACAACAACAGGAAAACAGUCCUCUUUCUUGAAUUCUCGUACAUUUUUAAGGAGCUUUCUAUAAACCAUUAAAUCAUUAUAUACCAUUAAACUAAUGGGUUUCUCAGAUCCUCUCUUGUCGAUUCUCACCCUUGGCAAAUAUGACAACGGUCCCAACUAAUACCCAUCUUGGUGUGUAGAAACGAGCUCAACUCACUAAUCAAGACUGAAAUCGUGCUUAUCUUCUCGAUGUACCGUACUCGUCCACUGUUCAGUGACUUCAAUAUGGGAAACGCAAUGCUGACAACCACCGCCAACAAAGCCAGGAGUCUGGGAGUAGUGUUUGAUGACAACAUGCUAUUUGAUGUGCACGUCUCAACAUUUGCAGAUCAUCGUUUCACCAGCUCAGUAACUUAUCAAAGAUAAGAAAGUAUCUCACACAGGUGUCUAGCGAAAUUGCUGUGCAUGCUUUUGUUACAGCUAAAAUGGACCAUUGCAAUUCCUAGCUCUGUGGUUGUAGGAAAGUUCAGUUGCAAAAACUUUUAAUAAUAUGUUAAACACUGCCCCCAGAAUCGUUACUCAGACUCGUAAACUUGAACACAUGGUCAGCGGCCAGCGAGCAUGGUGGCCGCGUUUUUUCUAGCUCCGCUAGAAUUAAUUAGAUUUUUUUAUUUUUUUGUGUGUGUUUUUUGACUUACUUUUUUAAUAAAAAACGUAAGAACUAAGUUUUAUAAUUUUUCCUGUUCUUUUUUUCAUUAAUAAAAACUACAAUUUGUUUGCUAUACGUAACUUUAAGGGGCAUAACCACAGCUUAUCUAGACGUGCCCCUCUCUUCUCCUUCCGAUAUACAAUUUGAUUUAAUUUAAGUUUUCUUUCUUUGUAAAUUUUAUUUCUUACUUACUUUUUCACCUUAUAUAUCUAAUUCUGUAUUAACAUCUGUUAAGGUUUGGAGGAACAAAUAAAAUGAAAUGAAAAUGAAUUACACCUAUUUUAUUUGAUCUUCCUGUUAGUUAUCAUGUUGUCUUUAAACUUCUUUUGUCAGUUUUCAAAUCACUUAAUAACCUUCCACCUAGCUAUCUAGCGGACAGACUUAGUUAUCAAAGGCACCCCAGGAACUUGUGGUCUGCAUCUCAGCAGAUGUUACAAAAAACCUCGAAAACUUAUGAAACUUAUGGGGACAAGUCUUUUUCGCUGUGCGCCCCUAUUGAGUUCAAUGUUUCUUUACUCAAAGCAGGGAUGGGGUAUGGUGGUAUAAACACAGCGCGUUCUGGGUUUCCCUGUGUCCUACCCACUAGCAGUCCGCUGCAUGAAAGGGAUUUUUGAGGGUUUUUUUUUUCGUAUUUUCUUAAUUUUUAUUUGAAGUUUUCAUUUUACAGAGUACAGUUAAAGUAAAAAGGAAAAAACAAAACAAAACAAAAGGACAAGAAAAAAAAGUAAAAAACUAUUACAGCCGACAAUAUCUAAGCUGAUGGAAAGAACUUAUCUUUAUAUUUAUGUACAAUAUUUAAUUGUUAAUUAGAUCACAUUAUAUUGAUUAACUUUUCCCACUUACUAAGAUGUUUAUUUAAUGUGCCUCUUUUCCUGGCAAUGUAAAGUUCAAUGUUGUAAACACGCCUAGUCCUAGCAAUGAACCCCUGAAGGGAGGGCAUACCCUUUUGACAUUUCUGUGAAUAAAUAUAGUACUUCCCAAACAAUAAAAUAUAAUUAACUAGAAGGAAAUCGUCUCCAACAUCAAAUUUACCGAAGAUUAUAUCCUCUUCUUUUAAAUUCUCAACAAUAAUAUUGUUGUCUCUUAGCCAGGACAAUACGUGUUUCCAAAAAACAGAGGAUAUUUUGCAGGAAAAAAGUGAAUGCUCGAUGGAUUCGACCUCGGUUUGGCAGAAAACACAUCCUUCUGAUUCAGCCAUACCAAAACGAAAAAGUUUCUCAUUCGUAAAUACGACACGGUUUAAUAUUUUAAACUGAAAUUCCCUAAGUUUUGUUUCUAAUGUUGUGCGGAAAGAUAAUAAGCAAACUCUUUUCCAGUCAAUAGUUAAAUGAUGAUACUUUGCAGAUAGUCUCUCUUUAGCGGUAGGUGUGGUUUGUUUUUUGGUCAAAAAAGAGCGAUAGAUUUGCUUUGAAGAAGCGUCAAGAAUUGGAAUUAAGACUGAUCACUUAUCAAAAUAGCUGGUGUAUUCGGCAGAGGAGAAAGCACCGGUGCAAUAUUAGCUGCUCGAAUUAACAAACGCCACGCAUGCUGCUGGCAUGGAAUUAAUUACACUCAUAAUGAAAAAACUUUGUUCAGUGUUAAGUUGUACAUUAUCAACAGAAAAUAAGUCCCAGAUCUUACAAAAGCCUUGAUCCGCAAUAUCUGUUCGGUAAACAGUUCACAAUUUCGUGUACCGAACUAGGUUCACUUGCGUUUAAUUCUGAUCAUGCAACAAGACAUUGCCUAUAGAAAGCUGGAAGAGAAAUAUUUAGUUUAGACACCUCAAAAUUACAAUGCAGUAAAAACUUCCCACCAAUAGGUUGCGGAAGCUCUCCUAAAAACAUUUUCCAUGGACUUUCAUAGUCCUGUAAAAAUUUUUGUAAGCAUAUCACUCGCUUGGUGCGAAUCAUGGAUUCAGUAUCAAGCAUGUUCAAGUCACCAUUCUCAACUUCUGAAAUAACUGCGUUGCGCUUUACUUUGUCCUUUCCGUUCCAGAUAAAAUGAUAAAAGAUCGAUUCAGCUUCUUUCAUGAGAUCCUCAGAGAUUGAAACGGCCGAUGCUCUAAACAUAAGCUUAGGAAUGGCAAAGGUUUUAACAAUUUGUAUCCUGCCUAUAAGAGAUAGGCCUCGCCAUUUUCAUAAGUUAAUCGUUUUCUUAAUUGAUUCCAGAGUCUUCCAAAAGUUCAGUUCUUCUCUCUUUUUAGCGUCACCACCAAACAAAGAUUAUUCAUGACCAAAUGCCCUUCGCAGACAGAUCCACUACUUCCUAACGCUAAUUCUUCGGUUUUAUCCUUAUUUACUUUUAACACUGAAAACCCUCCAAAAGCCCUCAGGGUUUCGAAUAGGAGUGAGUAAGAUACCUUGAAUGCUAUUAUCGUUUCUUUUCUUAAUAGCUAAGAUUUCCAAAGCUAAUAUGAAAAGAUAGGGAGAAAGAGGAUCCCCUGCCUUACCCCUCUACUUAGAGAGAAAGGUCCUGAAGUAAAACCAUUAUUCAUAACACAGCUGGAGGCAUUAUUAUACAAGAUCGUACCCAUUUAAUGAAAGAAGGACCAAAGUUAAACGCGUAUAAGAUUCUUAAAAGGAAACUAAGAUUGAGGGAAUCAAAAGCUUUCUCAAAAUGUGUUGCCACUAAGAUUCCCGAUAUAUCUGUGUUCAUCGUAUGCACAAUCACAUCGUCAAUUGUUCUGAUGGCAUCAAAAAUAGUUCUCCCCUUGACAAAGGCGCUCUGAUCAAAGUGAGUUACUUCAGGUAGCACAUUUUUCAACCGCUUGGCCAAGGUCUUGGACGCUAUUUUUGCAUCUACAUUAAUAAGAGAUAUUGGACGCUAAUUCUUUAUUUGCCUUUUGUCUUUUCCUCUUUUUUCAACUAACGUUAUGACAGCCUAUUUCUGUGAAUUUGAAAGCUCUCCGUACUCAAAGGCAUAAUUUAGACUUUGCACCAACAAACUUCCAAACACGGACCAAAAGCAAGGUAAAAUUCAAGGGUUAAGCCGUCGUUUCCGUGUGAUUUAUUCUUUUGGAAGGUCUGCAAAGCAUUGUAACACUCUCCGUAUCCCAAUUUGCCUUCACGAAAGUUUUUCUUCUCCUCUACUAAAGAGGGAAUUUCAUUGAGAUCAGUUAAAAAUGAGGAAAAAGACCCCAUGUCUACACAUGCACUACCAUCAUAAAGGUCAAAAUAAAAUACUCCUCACUCAUUCAUUUUUGAGUUGAAACCAGCAUUGCCCAAAUAUACCGGUGUAAUAAUUGUAUCCAAAUGUUUACGAACUUUGUAGUCCGUAAGCUCUUUAUCUUUUAAGGAACUUACUUUAAAUCUGAACAUGCUAAUCUGCCUCACAACUGGGCAAAGAGGACAGACCAUACACAAGAUGGAUGUUAGCUACAUUCAAGAAAUGGACGGCAGAUACCGAAUAACUGUAUGUGAUAAACUGAAGCAAACUAAACCUGGAAGACAUUUAGAACCCAUUGAUUUAUUUCCUUAUCCAAACGAUAAGAAACUCUUUGUGGUUGAAGAUCUAAAGGAAUAUUUACAUCGCACAGAACAGUUGCGUAAGGGACACUCGAAGUUACGGUUGAACUAUUUCAAAUCAUUCAAACCUGUGUCCAAAGAUACCAUUUCCAGGUGGAUUAAGCAAAUAUUAUAGGCAGCUGGUAUUGACAUUAAGAAGUAUUCGGCUCAUAGCAGCAAAGCAGCAUCCACAUCCAGUUGCAAGGCUAAAGGUUUAAACCUAGCAGAGAUUAUGAAAAGUGCAGGAUGGUCUAAUUCGAGUACUUUCGCCAGAUUUUAUGAUAAACCUGUUGCUACCGCUCAAUUAAAUUUUGGCUCAGUAUUGUUCAAUUAGGACACAGUGUUGUCUUUGUUCAUCACGUUCUGCGAAUAAAACUGUUUACAUUGGAAGGGUAGUUCGUUCUACAGGACUUUGAAAUCUCAUGUGACUCCGUAGUGACGUAGACUGAUGACAAGGUAGAGUUAGAAAAUUUAACGAGACUUACCUGUAAGUUGAAGUUUGAUUAGUUAGACUAGUUUCAGUAUGUGAGCGUUAAAACAUUGUCGCUAACCAUUGCAAGAGAAGAUUAACAGCUUGUGUUCCUUCAGGAGCCGAUUAGUAAAGGGCAUAUGCUUAAUCUACAACUCUUUUGGAAGACUUGACAAGAUUUGAUAAAUUAUGAGUAAGAACAUGUACGUUUGCUAAAUUUAAGAUUUUUUUGUCAUGGCUUGUGGAUUGUAGUUGAUGACAUCAUUUAUUCACCCGGCGAAUAGUAAACUAAAUUUGGGACUAGAAAAUUUAGUUUAGGGAAAGCAGUUUUUCAUUGACAUAAAUCAUUCCCAUUCAGUAAGAAAAGGUUUGAAGAAGAGGGACAUAAAAUCCUAUUUUCUCCUUGAAAUUUUCCAGUAGAAUGACGCAAGAAGUAAUGUUGCAUUUUCGACUUUCCAUCCUGUAAAUAAAUUUUUGUAAAUGCGCCAUCACCUACAAUAACAUUCCCUGCUGAAAUACCCUUCCUAGCCGGUCUUACAGAGGUAAAUACUGUGACGAAAAUUCAAAAUCAUUGGAAGCUAAGGAAGCCAAUUUAAUACUUACAGUCGUAAGAGUGACCGCAAAUUCAUGAAUAUCUCAUUGUGAAGCUCUUUAAUCUCGUUGCCAGAAAAAUUUCUGAAGAAUAUAAAAAAAAGUUCAUUAUUAAGGGACCUCCGAAAAAUAGCAAAAAAAAGGUAUAUAAGUGAGAGUUCGAAAAACAUGCUUACGGCCACUGCAAGCAAUAGAUUUAGAACAAGUAGGGGUAUAUUGUAGACCCUAAUCGAGACAAUGAUUGCUAAAUUAGACGAUAAGUUUGUGACCCACAAUAUGAAAUGGGGCGAUACAGAUCUGAUUAGUACACGAUUCUGUCGCCGCAUAUCUGCAUCAUAUUAUGUGUACAGGUAAUCACAUGAUUUCGAGUGCAAUUUAGAAUAAAUAAGCACGAGUAAAUUUUUUCAAAGGCUAACAAAAUUUGUGGUCUUUGAAAAAAAAUUACGAGUGCUUAUUUAUUCCAAAUUGCCCGAGAAAAAUCAUGAGAUUACUUAUUAAUAAUAUUCAUGAAAAAAUUGCGAGAUAGCUUUAAAAUCUCUUUAAUAGGGAGUCAACCCGCGUAAACUACGUGCUAAAAUAAAUAUUCAAAUGCUGCAAAUAUCAUCACAGGUGCAGUCGAAACAACAUUUUGCUCGAUGGUUUUAAAGUAUGCAAGCUACAGAAAGGGGCUGAACAGUUCAUGGCAUUGUUCAAU